AUGUACACACACACACAUGCACAGAGACACAUGUACACACACACACAGACAGACACACAUGUACAUACACACAGACACAUGUACAUACACAGAAAUACACACACGCGCACACACACUUGUACAUACACACACAGACAUGUACAUACACACAAGCACACACACACACACAUACAUGCACACACACAUGUACACACACACACGCAUGUAAACACACACAUACAUGUAUACAAAUACACACAGCCCUAUAAAAAUUUGCAGUAUAUCGUUACCUUCACUCACAGAGCCGGGUACUGCACUCUAGGGGGAGGCAGAGAGCACAGCGCACACUCCUUCCUUUGCUUUGAUUUUGCUCAACUAUUGAGCAGUCUGACGUCUCCCAGUGUGAGUGACAGAUCCAGCCCUGAGUUCCGAGCCUGCUCAGCAAGACGGCCCUGGGGACACACUCGCCCCCACCAUAAUUUCCACUUGCCAAUGCGAGCAAGUGAGUGGAAAUUUAAAGCCCUGAUGUAACG